AUGAUCUGUGUAACUUCAUCUGUGCUAUUGUGCAUAGCACAGCUGACAGAAUUUGGCGGGAAUUCAUGAACAGUUCCCACCGGAUAAAAGAAGGCUUCGCAAAAAAAGCAGGCCAACUGGACAAGGGAAUUAGGUUUUUGUGAUUUUUGAAGUAUCGGUGAUGGGGGUCUCCGCAGCAUAGCAUUCGGCCACUUCUACUGAAAUCAAACCCUUUCCACCGAAAUCUACAGGGUUUCAUUAGUUUUAUGUACCAAGAGCUUAUUUUACACCCCAAACGAAGAAGAUGAGUAAUGGUGACGCAGAAAUAAGUAUUUGUAAGAGGCAAAAAGUUGCCCUAAAUGAGCAAAUUGAUAGGAUUAGCAGCUUGCCGGAUCCCAUACUGGCCCACAUACUCUCACUUUUGCCAACAGAAGAUGCUGUAAAGACGAUCCUGAUUCGGAGAUUUGGAAACCUCUGGACUUACAUUCACAACCUUGACUUUGAUGUUUGCUUGUAUCACGAAUGCAGCGGGAAAUAUUACGAAGACACAGUAGACGAAGAGAGGUUGAUUAACUUGAUUCGUCAUGUACUCAUUCUCCAUCAGCGCCCUGAUAUUCAUAGAUUCUGUCUGAAGCUUGAGCUGUACUUAUGGUUUAGCAGGUUUACACCUGGCCACUUGGAGCUUGCUAAUGAGAUUGAUACAUGGAUUCGUUUUGCUCUGAGAAAGAAAGUUAAUGUUCUUGAACUUGAUUUCAAGGCAUGUGGAAACUCUGGCCCCGAAGGUUUCCAUAAGUUGCCCAACGUUGUUUUCAUUAGUGAUUAUCUUACAGAGCUGAAGUUAGUCUAUUGUCGUGUGGAACCACGAGAGCCCAUUCAGCUGGUGUCACUCAAAUCUUUGUCUCUUAAUGGCAUACUGAUAUGUGACAAAACAAUGUUUGAAAUAUUAUCUGGUUGUCCAGCGCUUGAGAGUUUGUUCUUAUACGAGUGCUACGGAUUGCGUAAGCUGGACUUCACAUCUGUAAAUCUAAAGAAUGUGGUGAUUGAGCUCGACUGCCAUGACAGUUCAAGACUAGAAGUUUCUUGCCCCUAUGUAACGUCGCUAAAUAUCUCAGGGAUAGAGCGCACGGAUCUCUGUAAUGUGUCAUCUAUAGUUGAUGCUGCUCUUGAGUUCGACAAUCGUUUUUUUGAUUGUGCUCGUGGUGAAUAUCGUGAGGUCAAAAUGCUUUUUGAGCAGCUAUAUGAUGCCGAGGUCUUUACACUGUUUACUAGGGCUAAUGGGCUAUCCUGGUAUGGGAACGAUUUGUUUCAUAUAGAUUGUGUUUUGGCUAUUGGAAUCUUUGAACACCUGAAUUCUAUGGUGCCUUUGUUUGUUUUUCGGCACAUUUACUCGCAAGCACCAUUCUCCAUCCGGCUCGCCUUUGUCAACAAGGCUUAUUUUGAAAGGAAGGGUGGGCCUGGUGCCUCUUAUUGGCCCACAUGUCACCUCACGGGCCUGAACCAUGGUGGACAACACCCUCAUGGAGAUACACGGAUGGUUUUCACAAUAUGGGCGCUGAUCAGAAGUCCUUGCCCAUCCAUGAAUUGGAGGCGUUUAGUUCUUAAGACGAUGCUGACCAAGUGGCACUUCCCUGGGAUCGCUAGCUUACUGAGAAAUUCCCCCGAUCUGGAGAUGCUUGAUAUACACAUACAGCCUGGCACUAAACCCUUUUGUAUUCUCGAUGAACGGUGGCUGAUGGAAUAUGAGAUUGAUGGAGACAACUUCUGGGAUUUGCAGCGUUCAUCUUUCCAUUGUCUUAGGAGCCACCUCAAGACUAUCAGAAUACACAGCUUCAAAAUCAAGUCAUGUGCUGUUAAACUGGUGCACUUCCUGCUGAGAAAGGCUUGUGUCUUAGAAAAACUGGUGAUUGAAACUGACUGGGUUUCGUAUCCCGACGAGGAAAACCCGUUCACGUCAGAGACAUGGAAGGAAUUUUCUGAAGAUAUACGUUCUUGUCCAAGAGCCUCUCCCCAAGCUGUUAUUUUGAUCUCUUGAAAGAUGCUAUGGCUCACCAAAAUGCCUAUGAUGUGUUUGGUAUUUCUAGCUGUUUGUCAUGUUUGCUUUUCACAUGAGCUUCACGCUUUGAUCGCGUCUACACCUUUUCCCUGCUGUUUUGACAUUAGUAUUAAGUGUGGAUCAUAGAUUUGCCAUGCCGAGGAAAUUACUUCUAUUGUGAUAUGUAUCUGUGUUUUUUUUGUGGAUAACCACCUA